AUGCCUCCCAAACGAAAUCAUGCUGCAUCCAAUUCUUCUUCACGUCGGAAUCGAAAUCAUCAGAGCGAUGACAAUGAUGGCGAGGAUCACCACAACGACUACUACUCGGACGAACAACAACAAAUACAAGCUAAUUUUGCACCUCCUCCGAUAAACCGAUUCUCUCACGCCGUUCAACAACAAGCCUCUUCUCAACCCAAUAAUAAUAACGGCAAUUUCGGAGGAACAUCAGCAGCACAAAGUCUUCAUUCAAAUCCGCAAUGGUGUGCCUUUAAAAUUGGAGAUAAAUCUGAAAGUGAUGUCGAAAGAGUCAUGAUUGCCUAUUUAGAAAAAUAUCAUUUACAAGAUAUUCGUGAUAUUUUGUGUCCUCCUCUCACUCUUACCAAUGACGAUACCAUCCAUUAUAGUGUAUUUAUAGAUGUUCUUCAUUUCAUGUCUGCAAACAUUGAAAUUGGAUCUCUUUUAAUAUCAUAUCCAUUUGAAUUAAUUCCAAUAUUUGAAAGGGCCUUAAUCAAAGCUCAACAACGAUAUAUUGAAAAACAAGAAGUGAUGAAAGAUCAAUUUAAACUUAAGUUACUGGUUCAUGUUCGUUUGCAUACUCUUCCACAAUGUAGUGAAGUAACAAAAACAUCAGUGAGUUCAGUGAGAAGUUGUGAUGCCAAUCGAUUGAUCUCAGUGAGUGGAACUGUCAUUAAAACAGGUCCAAUUAAAAUGUUAGAAUUCAAAAAGGUCUAUGUUUGUAGAAAAUGUAAAAAACCAUUUGAAAUUGUGGCAGAUCGAGAACAAUAUAAUACCAUUGUAAAACCAACACAAUGUCCAGUUGAAGAUUGUGGUGGAAAAUCAUUCAUCUCUCGAGAUGAAGAGAUUGUAUGUAGAGAUUAUCAAGAAAUUAAGAUUCAAGACAAAAUUUCACAACUUCAUGUUGGAAGUAUUCCAAGAUCCAUUCUAGUAGUUUUAGAAGAUGAUUUGGUAGAUGUUGUAAAAGCAGGAGAUGAUAUUAUUAUUACAGGUGUUCCCUAUCGUCGAUGGAAAACCCUCAAAAAUGAUGUUCGUUGUUCCAUUGAUAUGGCCAUUUGGUGCAAUCAUAUUCGAAUCAGUAAUGAAAAGAAGAGUAGUGCCAUGAAUGUGACCGAGGAGAUUAAAUCUGAAUUUAAACAUUUUUGGCAAGAACAUCAUCAACAACCAUUGACUGGUAGAAAUUUAAUCUUGAAGAGCAUGUGUCCACAAUUGUAUGGAUUGUAUUUUGUGAAAUUGGCUGUGGCAUUGACCAUUAUUGGAGGAGUACCCAUGAAGAAGAACAACACUCGAAUUAGAGGAGAAUCUCAUUUACUGAUUGUUGGUGAUCCUGGAACUGGAAAGAGUCAAUUCUUGAAAUAUGCUUCGAAAUUGAGUCCUCGUUAUGUCAUGACGAAUGGUAUUGGAACCACAAGUGCUGGAUUGACUGUCAUGGCUACCAAAGAAUCGGGUGGUGAUUGGACUUUGGAAGCAGGUGCACUCGUUCUCGCUGAUGGAGGAGUCUGUUGUAUUGAUGAAUUUGAUUCCAUUCGAGAUCAUGAUCGUGCGACCAUUCAUGAAGCCAUGGAACAACAAACGCUCAGUAUUGCCAAAGCAGGUCUCGUCUGUAAACUAAACACUCGAACUACUGUACUUGCAGCAUGUAAUCCAAAAGGAAAGUAUGAUUUGGGUGCAAGUUUGAGUGUGAAUUGUGCAUUGGCAAGUCCAUUACUCUCUCGUUUUGAUAUUGUGUUAGUGCUACUAGAUACACAAGAUGAAGAAUGGGAUCAUCGAGUGAGUUCUUUUAUUUUAAAUGAACAAGAAAUGGAAGAAGAAGACUCUCAAUUAUGGUCUUUUGAUAAAUUGAGAGCAUACAUUUCAUUUGUGAAAUCAGAAUUUCAUCCUCAAUUAACACCUGAAAGUGGACGUAUUUUAACUGAAUAUUAUCGAUUGCAACGAAGAGCAGAUCGAAGAGUAGCAGCACGUACCACCAUUCGUUUAUUAGAAAGUUUAGUUCGACUUGCUCAAGCUCAUGCACGUCUCAUGUGUCGUCAUGAAGUGACUGUACAAGAUGCAAUCAUGUCGGUAUUGACUGUGGACAUUUCAUCCAAUACAUCCUCUCUAUUGAAUGUAGAGUCUGUAUUGCAUUCCAAUUUUCCAUUGAAUCCUGAUUCUGAUUAUUCGAAUUAUAUUCCAUUGGUGUUGUACAAGUUGGGAAUUGUUUCUCAAGUUCAAUCUGCAGCUGUAUCAUUGAGACCAUCCAUGAUCAUGGGUGGUGAUUUGAAUUUUGCAAUUCAAAAAACGAGUCAUGAUGAAAAUGAUGAAAAUGACAAUAAUGAUGAUCACAACACCAUAUCAAGACCAGGUCGUACUACAAGUAGUAGUAGUAGUAGUAGUGAAAAGAACUCGUUGAAAAAACAAACCAAGGAUGCUGUUGCUGCUACUGUCACAAGAGAAUUACUCAUUGAUGAUGAUGAAGAGAGUAAUGUCUUUGAUUUUCAAGAGGAUGAUACUCAUCAUGAGGAUCAACAUUCAGUGAGAAGAACACCUCUUCGACAUGCAACAAUAUCCACAACACACAAGAGAACAUUGAACUCUAUGAAUGAUGAUACUGAAGGCUAUGAUGAAAAAUAUUCAAUGAAUGAAGAGAGUGUUGAGGAUGAACAACAUGUUCAACCUCAACUAAAAAAGAAGAAACAACUCAUUAGUUCUGAAGAAUUGGAUCAUGCAGAAAGAGACAUUCAAAAAACACCUUCCUUGUCCAAUAGUGUUGAAAUUCAUUUUCGACAACAUUUCGAACAGAAACAACGAGUCAUGAGAAGAUUGGAAUUUAACAAGAAUGAUGAUACAAACUCGACCAUAGCGAUGGACACUAGUAAUGAUUUCGAAGUGAGACAUGGUGGCAGCGGUAUGGAGCGAACACAUGAGGUUCAACAUGUGAACACUACUACAUGUGCCAUACCUCAACAAGUAUUACCUCAACAUGGAACCACUCUGCCUCCACUGCAAACACAACUCCGCCAAACGAGCAACAAGACUUCAUUACUUCAACAACCUCCACAGAAUGCAACAAGCAAUGUUCCCUUAACUGGAAUACAAGCUCAACGAGGGUCAAAAUCUCUCUUACCAAUAACAUCAAAACAAAACAUUGUAUCAUCAGCAUCAACCACAGACUCCAACCAAAAUACAGCAGCAACAUCAGGUACAACCACUACUACUACUACUACUGAAAUAUCCACCAUUGCCACCAGCACCACUACCAUUGAAAAUACUUCCGCAGCACCAACCAAACGACGAGGCUUUCUUUCCACCCUUCUUUCUAAGGGAGCCCCUCCAACCUCCAAUCCCACUGUAUCUGCGACUAAAACUGCCCAACUAACCUCCACUGUUGAUAGCAACUCUCGGCAUCAACAAGAUCAGAACAUUGGAGAAACAUCUUUUGAAUUCCCAUCAUUGUUACUGGGAGAGAUGGAUGAAGGCCUCUCGUUGUCAACUCCAGAGAAACCAACGAAAGCUGCAAGCAAAAGAAUGAUUGAAGACAAUGACGAUGAGUUGGACAACUUGAUUUAA